AUGCCUAAUUGUUUACAAUCUGUUCGACGAAACAUGGCUGCUGUCAAGUGAGCUUGUUGAUGGUGUACCGAACAGUUACAAUUCACUUAUAUGUUCUCUUAAAUUAUUUAUUUUAAUUCAUAAGUGUAUUGUAACGGGGAUAGUUUCAAUAGUUUUCGUUUUACUUUGGAACCGUCACAGAUUCCUUCACCCGCGAUAACGCGCCAGUUAGCAUCACUAGCUAACUAGCUCAAGGAGAACAAUGACGGCAAGCUCAUCGGGUGGAAACACCUGUCUCACUGCUAAAGGUUUGGACAUUAGUCUCGCAGCCCUGCAAAGACAAGAUCCUUACAUCAACAACAUUGUAGAUGUGGCGAGUCAAGUGGCGUUGUAUACUUUCAACAACCGAUCAAAUGAAUGGGAGAAGACUGAUGUGGAGGGGACCCUGUUUGUCUAUACAAGGCUAGCAUCUCCCAGACACGGCUUCACCAUAAUGAACAGGCUGAGUAUGGAGAACCUGACUGAACCCAUCACUAAAGACCUGGACUUCCAGCUGCAGGAUCCGUUCCUGCUCUACAGGAAUGCUCGCUUAGCUAUCUAUGGCAUCUGGUUCUAUGAUAAGGCGGACUGCCAGCGCAUCGCAGAGCUUAUGAAGUAUCUGACGAAACAGGAACAGGCCCUAGCCCAGCGGGGUCAACAGGGUCAGGGGGGCUUGGUGUCUCCUCGAGCCCUGGAGGCAGCAGGGGACCCUGGGAAGGGACAAGGAGUGGACAUCCUGCAGAUGCUGACCAAAGCACGCAAUGAGUAUGACAAGGGUGGUCAGCCAGAGCCUAAAGAGAUAGGAGGGUGUAGUGUCCUUAAUGCCAACCCCAGCCUGAUCAAACCUAUCCCUGUCAAACCUAUGGAGAGAUAUCCCCAGCCUGGGCUACAGGAGAGGCCUGUUCAGGAUGGUCGAGGAGAGCCCAGGCCUCUCUCUCUGGCCACUCUGUUUGGUGUACAGCAGCCCAGAGCAGAGCUGGUCUCUCCCAUGGCUGGGUCAGGAGGUCCAGUGUCCCAGCCCCAGGGGAAGCCUGGAGGUGUCCGCCCGGCGGUGGCCCGCUCCCUGUCCUACGACGACCCAGUCCAGGCCCAGGAAGGGGGUCUGAUCUCAGGUAGCAGCCCCCCGCAGCACUGCCCUGCCUUCCAGAAGCUCAUGAAGGAUGCCGCCGCCUCCUCCCAGCCUCAGGAGCAGCUCCAGAGAGGAGGUCCUAUGGAGCAGCUCCAGAGAGGAGGUCCUAUGGAGCAGCUCCAGAGAGGAGGUCCUAUGGAGCAGCUCCAGAGAGGAGGUCCUAUGGAGCAGCUCCAGAGAGGAGGUCCUAUGGAGCAGCUCCAGCCCGUCUCCGAGUCACCCGAGAACAGACUGCGUGAGAACGGAACCCCCUCUGUUCUCCACCAUCAGACCAGACAAGACCCCAUCCAGAGACUGUUCCAGAACCAGCCCACUUCCACCACCCCUUCAAUGACCACCUCCGCUCCCUGUUGUCCUCGUCCUCCUCCUCUCAUCCCUGGUCUCCAGUCUGCCCAUCCUCAGCCUGUCCUGGUGGAUGCUUUGGGCUUCCCUGGUUCUCAACACCAUCACCUCCCUCCUCACCAGGCCCGGUCGUUGUACUUCAGCCCCUCCAAGCCCCCCCAGAUGCUGGUCCCCAUGUUGCCCUCACACCCCCUCCCACCCUGUCACCCUUUCCACCCCUUCCAGAACCCCCAGCCCCUAUACCUCCAACCCCUGCCAGCUCCCCCCCAGCCGGGGCAGCUAACCGGUGUCGUCUCCCCCCAUGAGCUGCUCCAGAGGCUGCAGCUGGUUCAACAGGAGCAGAGUCUGGUCCCGGAGCCCACUAGGCCUUCCUCUAACCUGGCUCCUCGCUUCCACGAGCCAGCCCCUCUAGCCCCCUCAGCCCCCCCAGCCAUGGGGCAGCACGGCCAGCAGCCGGCUCAUUCUACAGCCAGGUCUCUGGACAGUUUGGCUGACAAGAACUCUGCAGGCACCGCUACUCAGAAGUUCCAGGUGAUCUCCCCCCAGCGUAUCCCAGCCACGGUGGCAACUACCCUGCUCCUGUCCCCCAGUGUCUUCUCCCAGGCCAAGCGCCCCCAGGCCAAAGCCUCUGGGGACACCCACUGCCCCCCUGGCCCUAAUCCUCCCUCAGCCCUCCUGGCCCCACAGGCCCCUGACGACCCCCAACCCAGGGGCCUCUCUAAGAGCCAGCUCCAGGCCACCCUGCUGCACCUCAUACAGAACGACAGUUCCUUCCUGGAUACCAUCUAUGAGUCCUACGCUCACGGCUUCUCCACGGAAACCACCGCCAACAAGUUCUGAGGCCAGGGUCCUGUUGAAUGAGGCACCCAAUAGAAACAUGUUUCAGGGUCCUGUUGAAUGAGGCACCCAAUAGAAACAUGUUUCAGGGUCCUGUUGAAUGAGGCACCCAAUAGAAACAUGUUUCAGGGUUCUGUUGAAUGAGGCACCCAAUAGAAACAUGUUUCAGGGUUCUGUUGAAUGAGGCACCCAAUAGAAACAUGUUUCCAGGGUCCUGUUGAAUGAGGCACCCAAUAGAAACAUGUUUCAGGGUUCUGUUGAAUGAGGCACCCAAUAGAAACAUGUUUCAGGGUCCUGUUGAAUGAGGCACCCAAUAGAAACAUGUUUCAGGGUUCUGUUGAAUGAGGCACCCAAUAGAAACAUGUUUCAGGGUUCUGUUGAAUGAGGCACCCAAUAGAAACAUGUUUCAGGGUCCUGUUGAAUGAGGCCAUUAAUAGAAACAUGUUUCAGGGUUCUGUUGAAUGAGGCACCCAAUAGAAACAUGUUUCAGGGUCCUGUUGAAUGAGGCACCCAAUAGAAACAUGUUUCCAGGGUCCUGUUGAAUGAGGCACCCAAUAGAAACAUGUUUCAGGGUCCUGUUGAAUGAGGCACCCAAUAGAAACAUGUUUCAGGGUUCUGUUGAAUGAGGCACCCAAUAGAAACAUGUUUCAGGGACCUGUUGAAUGAGGCACCCAGUAGAAACAUGUUUCAGGGUUCUGUUGAAUGAGGCACCCAAUAGAAACAUGUUUCAGGGUCCUGUUGAAUGAGGCACCCAAUAGAAACAUGUUUCAGGGUCCUGUUGAAUGAGGCACCCAAUAGAAACAUGUUUCAGGGUUCUGUUGAAUGAGGCACCCAAUAGAAACAUGUUUCAGG